UGCCAGGGCCAUGGGGCUCCGGAGCCGCCACCUCAGCCUGGGCCUUCUGCUUCUGUUUCUACUCCCUGCAGGAUGAACGGAACCAGGUGCUGACCCUGUAUCUGUGGAUACGGCAGGAGUGGACAGAUGCCUACCUACAAUGGGACCCCAAUGCCUAUGGUGGCCUGGAUGCCAUCCGCAUCCCCAGCAGUCUUGUAUGGCGGCCAGACAUCGUACUCUAUAACAAGUACUGCCUAUCUGGGCCCCUCCUCUGUCUUACCCCUCUCUAGACUUGCCCUUAGCCGUGGGGGUGUAGUGAUCCCCUCUCCCUACCACAUAACCUGGUUGCCACGCUGCCCUGGAAGCUUUUCCCCAGGACCCAUCUAAGCUGCCAGGCACUCAGCCCCUCCAUGGCACCCCCACUUUAGGCUAUCCCAGGCCAGCCCAGGCUGAACGUCUCCUGGGAACCUACUGUGUGGUCCAGGGCAGAUAUCUGGAUCACAAGGGCCUCUCUAGGGCACACUUUUAGCUCUGGGUCUCUCAGGGCUCCCCCAGGAGCCUGUCUAAGGGUCUCUUUCCUCCAGGACAUAGCCCUCUAGAACACUGCUUUAUGUCUCCUUGACCAGUUCCGUGUCUCCCAGCCAGCACAUAACUCUGCAUAUUUUCUCUGGGGCCCCUCUAACAGUUUUGCAGAUGUCCCCCAAGGGAAGUCACUGUGUGUCCCGGAGCUACCUCUGGGUUCUGCAGAGGCCUUUUUAUACAUCCUCUGGCUACAUCUGUGUCCCUUCCGGGCCCUUCAGGCGCCACCCCUUCCAGGCCUUGAAAGGCAGCGGGUCUCUCUAGGUGCACUCCACCCUCUGUGUUGCUUUGUUCUGAAAACAGUCAAAUUAACGAAAGAAAAACAAGCAGAAGUUUAUUUAUUUAUUUAUUUAUUUGAGACGCAGUCUCGCUCUGUCGCCCAGGCUGGAGUGCAGUGGCGCAAUCUCGGCUCACUGCAAGCUCCGCCUCCCGGGUUCACGCCAUUCUCCUGCCUCAACCUCCCAAGUAACUGGGACUACAGGCGCCCGCCACCACGCCCAGCUAAUUUUUUGUAUUUUUAGUAGAGACGGGGUUUCACCGUGUUAGCCAGGGUGGUCUUGAUCUCCUGACCUCGUGAUCCGCCCACCUCAGCCUCCCAAAGUGCUGGGAUUACAGGCGUGAGCCACUGCACCCGGCCACAGCAGAAGUUUAUUAAUCUGCUGUACCCAUCAUGGGAAAGGCCUUAGUUCAAAAGUAUUUCUCUCUGAAGGCAGUGGCUUAUGGGCCUUACUUAAAUAGAAAUUCAAGAAAGAGCCAGUAAGUUAUAAAUAGUGGCAAGACAAAGGACAGCAGUUCCAGCCUUUAAAAGGCAGGAAAAUGUGGAAAGAGAGUAAAAUCUGUUUCCAGAUUCAUUCUUCUGGCACCUACUGGUGCCCUUUGGAUAAGCAAGUGCUGACUCCAGCAAGGAAGGGCUGAUGUCCUGCCAUCAGGCCAGCAGACGCUGGGGCAAGGUGCUCCCCUGCGUCGUGAGUGUCUCGAACUUAACGAGCCUCAAUAUUCUGGGGAGAUGUUUUGGUUUCUUUCAGCCCCUGGGGGUCUACCCUGGGCUCCCGGCCUCCGGGGCUGCUCCUCCGGCUGGACAGCCUGGGUGAGCCUCGCCCCGCCUGCCCGCAGAGCGGACGCACAGCCUCCAGGCUCCGCCAGCACCAACGUGGUCCUGCGCCACGAUGGUGCCGUGCGCUGGGACGCGCCGGCCAUCACGCGCAGCUCGUGCCGCGUGGAUGUAGCGGCCUUCCCGUUCGACGCCCAGCGCUGCGGCCUGACGUUCGGCUCCUGGACUCACGGCGGGCACCAGCUGGAUGUGCGGCCGCGCGGCGCUGCCGCCAGCCUGGCGGACUUCGUGGAGAACGUGGAGUGGCGGGUGCUGGGCAUGCCGGCGCGGCGGCGCGUGCUCACCUACGGCUGCUGCUCCGAGCCCUACCCCGACGUCACCUUCACGCUGCUGCUGCGCCGCCGCGCCGCCGCCUACGUGUGCAACCUGCUGCUGCCCUGCGUGCUUAUCUCGCUGCUUGCGCCGCUCGCCUUCCACCUGCCCGCCGACUCAGGCGAGAAGGUGUCGCUGGGCGUCACCGUGCUGCUGGCGCUCACCGUCUUCCAGCUGCUGCUGGCCGAGAGCAUGCCGCCGGCCGAGAGCGUGCCGCUGAUCGGGAAGUACUACAUGGCCACUAUGACCAUGGUCACAUUCUCAACAGCACUCACCAUCCUUAUCAUGAACCUGCAUUACUGUGGUCCCAGUGCCCGCCCAGUGCCAGCCUGGGCUAGGGCCCUCCUGCUGGGACACCUGGCACGGGGCCUGUGCGUGCGGGAAAGAGGGGAGCCCUGUGGGCAGUCCAGGCCACCUGAGUUAUCUCCUAGCCCCCAGUCUCCUGAAGGAGGGGCUGGCCCCCCAUUGGGCCCUUGCCACGAGCUACGAUGUCUGUGCCACCAGGAAGCCCUACUGCACCACGUAGCCACCAUUGCCAAUACCUUCCGCAGCCACCGAGCUGCCCAGCGCUGCCAUGAGGACUGGAAGCGCCUGGCCCGUGUGAUGGACCGCUUCUUCCUGGGCAUCUUCUUCUCCAUGGCCCUGGUCAUGAGCCUCCUGGUGCUGGUGCAGGCCCUGUGAGGGCUGGGACUAAGUCACAGGGAUCUGCUGCAGCCACAGCUCCUCCAGAAAGGGACUGCCACAGCCAAGUGGUUGCUGGUCUUUGGGCCAAGCAGUCUCUCCCCACUGCUCCUAAGAUCCGGGACACUUGACUUCACAAUCCACAAGGGAGCACUCAUUGUCUAUACACCCUAACUAAAGGAAGUCCAGAGCCGGCCACUCCCCUAAUUCCAAAAAAAAGAGGAACUCUACAAAGGCCAAGAUCACAGAGUACAGUCUUGGAGGGACAGAAUUGUUUGUGCUGGGUAUUAGAGCUCUUAGUGGGGAGCACAUGGGUUAUAAUGAGAAACUGAACUGAACUGCUGCAUUUGCUGUCUUUCUUCCUAGGUGGCUGCUUUGCAGGGCUUUGGCUCUUACCUUUCCCUGCUGAGGGGCUCAGGGAAAAGGGUCGGGGAUUCUCAGUCGAGUUUCCAGAGCAGAAGGCCCUACAGACAUUUGGCCCCAAAUCCCCGACUCAAUAAAGUAAGCAUGUACCUAGCACCUCCUCGAUGCCCUGUGUUACCCAUGAGGUCUGUGGUAGUGGAAGCUGGGGGUCCAGAUCUGUCUGUACUUCAGGUCUGUCUCAUGGCCACUGG